AUUAACAUGGAAUCUACCAAUCAAACAGAUGCAAUAGAAUUUCUGCUCUUGGGCCUUUCAGAUGAUCCAGAGUUGCAGCCCAUUCUUUUCGGACUGUUCCUGUUUAUGUACUUGGUCACAUUUCUGGGGAACCUAAUUAUAACCCUGACCAUCAGUGCAGAGUCCCAUCUCCAUACCCCCAUGUACUUUUUUCUCUCCAAUCUAUCCGUGGCUGAUAUCUGUAUAAGCUCAACUACAGUCCCAAAGAUGCUCUUGAACAUCCAAACACAGGAUCACAGAAUAACUUACUCAGACUGCGUAACUCAGGCUAGCUUUGUCUUGCUUUUUGCUGGAUUAGAAAAUUGCUUGCUUGCAGCAAUGGCCUAUGACCGCUAUGUGGCCAUUUGCCACCCUCUGAGGUACACAGUUAUCAUGAACUCAUGCUUCUGUAGUAUACUUAUUGUAGUAUCCUUGGCUAUUAGUGCUGUCAAUGCACUACUGCUCAGUCUCAUGGUGCUGCAUCUGAAUUUCUGCACAGAAGUUGAAAUCCCACACUUCUUCUGUGAACUUGCUCAGAUCAUAAAGCUUGCCUGCUCAGAUGCUCUCAUAAAUAAUAUUUUGAUUUAUAUCUCAGCUUUCAUGUUUGGUGGUAUUCCUUUCUUCGGAAUAUUUCUUUCUUAUACUGAAAUUGUCUCCUCUGUUUUGAAAAUUCCAUCAAGGCAAGGAAGAUAUAAAGCAUUUUCCACGUGUGGCUCUCACCUGUCAGUAGUUUCCUUGUUUUAUGGGACAGGCUUAGGAGUGUACAUUAGCUCUGCUGUUACUGAAUCUCCCAGGAAGACAGCAGUUGCUUCAGUGAUGUACUCUAUUGUCACUCAGAUGCUGAACCCUUUUAUCUACAGCCUGAGGAACAGCGACAUGAAAGAAGCUUUGAGGAAACAUGUUGGAAGGAUAGCUUCCAUUGUAUAA